UGUAGAUGUUACACCUCAAUAAAUACAUCUAAUACAACUAUAUAUACACAAUAAUCAAAUCUACACACACUCAAAUACAUAUAUCUCCACGCACACAGAGUGCAUAGACAUAAAGGUGCAAUUAAUAUAUUGAAUUGGAUAGAGCAUCUGCGGAAUGUGACUUUUGACCUCAACCACGUAGAAUACACGCUUUCUCCAAAUUUUUAGAUGAUGCCCAAAUCCAAUUUGCUAUAAGUUACUAUAACAUACAUGUAUUUAUUCACACAUUAUAUAAUACCAUAAAGAAAGUCCACCAGCUAGCCGUCCCAAAAGUAAACGCUUUUUGAUAAUUUAGACCUCAACUUUUUAAUAUUGGUCCAUGUCAACAUCACCCCACUCUCUCUCUCUCUCUCUCUCUGGUUGUCGACUUGAGUCUCCCUUGCACGAACUCGGAUCGAAAAAAGUGGUGGACAUAUGAUUGCUUGCAAUUGCACCCUCUUCUUAUGUUGCUCCUCCCCUCAUUCACACAAUGAUCAUCAAAUUCACCAAAUCCAAUCCUCCACCACUUGUUAGAGCAGCCAUGCUCUUUGCAAACCACUUCUUGCAUCCACCUCCGCCCCUCCUCCUCCUCGCCGCCCUCUCCUGCCUCCUCGCCACCUCCCACGCCGCCUGCAGCCCCGCCGAUCUCGCCUCCCUCUCCUCCUUCAACCUCACCAUCACAGCCUCUCCGCCUCUCAAUUGGUCCCUCUCCUAUGACUGCUGCACCUGGGAGGGCCUCGCCUGCGACCCCUCCGGCCGCGUCUCCGCCCUCUCCCUCCCCUUCCGCCGCCUCUCCGGCACCAUCUCCCCCUCCAUCACCAACCUCACCUCCCUCACUCACCUUAGCCUCUCCCACAACUGGCUCUCCGGCCCCCUCCCGCCCGCCCUCUUCUCCUCCUUGCCCCGCCUCACCAUCAUUGAUCUGAGCUGGAAUCGCCUCACGGGGGCCCUCGACCCCCCAAACAAGCUCCCCCUUCAACUCAAGACUCUCAACCUCUCCAGCAACCACCUCCACGGCCCACUCCUGCAAUCAUUCCUCCAGUCUGCUCCAAACCUCGAUCACUUCGAUGUCAGCAACAACAGCUUCACUGGGCAGAUCCCCUUCUUCCUCUGCGGCUCCUCCCCAUCCAUCACACGCCUCGACUUCACCAACAACGACCUCUCCGGCCCCAUCGAGCCCGGCUUCGGCCAGUGUACGAGGCUGCAGAGCUUGAGGGCAGGCUUCAACUAUCUAUCAGGAGAGCUCCCUGAUGAUCUCUAUGAAAUGAUCACAUUGCAAGAAGUUUACUUACCCGGCAACCAGCUCUCCGGCCCACUCGAUGAGAGGAUCGUCAAUCUUCGCAACAUCAAAAUCCUCGCGUUAUACGGCAACGCCUUCACCGGAGCCAUCCCCCGUGACAUCGGGAGACUGUCCGGAUUAGAAGAGCUGCAGCUCCACAUAAACAAGCUCAGUGGCACCAUUCCUCAAUCCCUAGCAAACUGCACAUCCCUCACAAUCUUGAACUUGAGGGUGAAUCUCCUCGAAGGCGAGCUCUCGUUAUUCGAUUUUUCCAAUUUCAUCCGGCUCAGAACAGUUGAUCUCGGCAACAACUUCUUCAACGGCAUCUUGCCAGCCACCCUCUUCUCCUGCAAGAGCCUCACCGCAAUUCGCCUCGCCACCAACAAACUCAGCGGAGAGAUACUGCCGGAGAUUGCUUCUCUGCCAUCGCUCUCAUUCCUCUCGCUGUCCAACAACAGCUUAACGAACAUGACAACGGCAAUGAGGAUCCUCACAGGUUGCAAGAAACUCAGCACCUUAACCCUCUCCAUGAACUUCUACGACGAAGCAAUGCCGGGGGACGAGGGCCUGAUCGCCCCCGGGGAGUUUCAAGGGCUCCAAAUCCUGGCUCUCGGGGGCUGCAGGUUCACCGGCCCCGUCCCCCUCUGGCUCAAGGGGCUGGUUAACCUCGAGGUUCUCGACUUGUCUUUCAAUAACUUCACCGGCCCUGUCCCGGUCUGGUUUGGGGCAUUCCCGAACCUUUUCUACCUAGAUUUGUCUCACAACCUGCUCACAGGAUACUUCCCAAUGGAGCUCACUCGAAUGCAGCGGCUAGCGUUCAAGCAAAACCCCGAUCAAGUCGACACCACGAGCUUGGAGCUGCCCGUGUUCGUGAGGCCCGACAACGCCUCCAACCUGCAAUACAGCCAGCUCUCGAACCUCCCAACCGCGUUGUACCUCGACUAUAACAACAUCAGUGGCAACAUCCCGCUCGAGAUUGGCCAGCUGAAGUUCAUCAUCGCGCUUGAUCUUAGCUACAACAACUUUUCCGGCAUCAUUCCGGAUACGAUAUCUAGUCUCACGAACUUGGAGAAGCUUGACCUGUCCGGGAAUCUCCUCUCGGGCAAGAUCCCACCAUCACUCCAGAAUCUCCAUUUCCUGUCAUUUUUCAGCGUUGCACACAAUGAUCUCGAAGGGCCAAUACCUACGGGGGGCCAGUUUGAUACGUUCCCGAACACGAGCUUUGAUGGGAAUCCAAGGCUGUGUGGUCGCGUCCUGCAGCGCCCAUGCACCAGCAAUGAGUCGGGCAGCACGGUUCCUGGCUCCGAGGGAGCCGGGAGAGGGAACAGGAAGAAAACCAUCAUACUCACCCUUGUAAUCUCCUCAUCCAUUUUCACCAUGAUUCUGCUUCUGUAUUGCAUCUUCUCAAAGAGGAGACACUUAUCAAAGGGCAAUGGUGAAGAGAAGGACCUCGACACGAUGUCCUUCAACUCCUCAGGGGUGUUCCCCGAGGUAGCGAGGGACACGAGCCUUGUCAUAUUGUUCAGGAACAACAAGAACAAAGCAGAGGAUCUCACGAUACUCGACAUACUGAAGGCCACGGACAACUUCAACCAGUCGAACAUCAUCGGCUGUGGGGGUUUCGGCUUGGUGUAUAAAGCAACUCUGGCCAACGGCACGAAGCUCGCCAUCAAGAAGCUCUCGGGAGACAUGGGGUUGAUGGACAAGGAAUUCAAAGCUGAGGUGGAGGCUUUAUCCACAGCACAACACAAGAACUUAGUUACUCUCCAAGGCUACUGCGUGCACGACGGCUUCAGGCUGCUGAUAUACUCUUACAUGGAGAACGGGAGCCUCGACUACUGGCUGCACGAGAAGCCCGAUGGAGCAUCCCAGCUGAGCUGGCCGAUUCGCCUCAAGAUUGCUCAAGGGACAAGCUGUGGGGUGGCUUACAUGCAUCAGAUAUGCGAGCCACACAUCGUGCACCGUGAUCUCAAGUCCAGCAACAUCCUUCUCGACCAAAACUUCGUAGCACACGUAGCAGACUUCGGGUUGGCAAGAUUGAUCCUUCCUUAUCGCACUCAUGUCACCACGGAGCUGGUUGGCACCCUAGGCUACAUUCCACCGGAAUACAGCCAGUCGUGGAUAGCCACAUUCAGAGGGGAUGUGUAUAGCUUUGGAGUCGUAAUGCUCGAGCUAUUAACUGGAAAGAGACCUGUCGAGCUGUUCAAGCCAAAGAUGUCGAGGGAACUGGUUGUAUGGGUGCAUCAAAUGAGGAGCGAGGGAAGGCAAGAAGAAAUCUUCGACUCUCUCCUGAGAGGCAAAGGCUUCGAGGAAGAGAUGCUGCAAGUUCUUGAUGUCGCCUGCAUGUGUGUCAACCAGAAUCCUUUCAAGAGGCCGGGUAUAAAAGAAGUUGUUGAUUGGCUGAAAGACGUAGGAUCCAAACGACAGACAACGUAAGGUGAAGAACUCGUACAUACACAACAUGUUAAUGCCAACAUAUAUGGAACCAGUCUUGUUCAUAGGAAAAAUUUUCUCCAUUCAGAAGCAGAUUUAUGUAAUAUGAGUAAUUUUGUGUUGUAAAUAGAUAAAUUUUGCAUCCAUAAAAAGUCAAGCAUGGAAUCAUACCACAUGUAUUGCACAGUUUGAUAGGUAUAGAACAAAUGAAAGUAAUAAAUUCUCGUGUGAAAUAAGAUUUUGAUGAAAUUACAUUAA